AUGGAUCGGCGCUGGACGUGCUCCUCUCCAUGGGGUUCCCCAGAGCCCGCGCACAAAAAGCCUUGGCAUCCACGGGAGGAAGAAGUGUUCAAGCAGCAUGUGACUGGUUGGUUGUUCUCCCACGUCGGUGACCCCUUCCUGGAUGACCCCCUGCCCCGGGAGUACGUCCUCUACCUCCGCCCCACCGGUCCCUUAGCGCAGAAGCUUUCUGACUUCUGGCAGCAGUCGAAGCAGAUCUGUGGGAAGAACAAGGCACACAACAUCUUCCCCCACAUCACUCUCUGCCAGUUCUUUAUGUGUGAGGACAGCAAGGUAGACGCCUUGGGGGAAGCCCUGCAGACCACCGUCAGUCGCUGGAAGUGCAAGUUCUCAGCUCCCUUACCCCUGGAGCUCUAUACCUCCUCCAACUUCAUCGGCCUCUUUGUGAAGGAAGACAGUGCAGAGGUCCUCAAAAAGUUUGCCGCCGACUUUGCUGCAGAGGCUGCUUCCAAAACCGAAGUACACGUGGAACCUCAUAAGAAGCAGCUACACGUGACCCUGGCUUACCACUUCCAGGCGAGCCACCUACCCACUCUGGAGAAACUAGCCCAGAACAUUGAUGUCAAGCUAGGUUGCGACUGGGUAGCUACCAUAUUCUCUCGGGAUAUCCGAUUUGCUAACCAUGAGACAUUACAGGUGAUCUACCCCUACACCCCACAGAAUGAUGAUGAGCUGGAACUGGUGCCUGGAGACUUCAUCUUCAUGUCUCCCAUGGAGCAGACCAGCACCAGCGAGGGCUGGAUCUACGGCACKUCCCUAACCACUGGCUGCUCUGGCCUCCUGCCGGAGAACUACAUCACGAAGGCUGACGAAUGCAGCACCUGGAUAUUUCACGGUUCUUAUUCAAUCUUAAAUACAUCAUCGUCAAACUCACUCCCAUUUGGUGAUGGAGUGUUAGACAGACGGCAGUAUGAAGACCAGGGACUUGGGGAGACGACGCCUCUCACCAUCAUCUGUCAGCCCAUGCAGCCCCUGCGGGUCAACAGCCAGCCUGGGCCCCAAAAGCGAUGCCUCUUUGUGUGUCGGCACGGGGAGAGGAUGGAUGUCGUGUUUGGAAAGUACUGGUUAUCCCAGUGCUUUGAUGCCAAAGGCCGCUACAUACGCACCAACCUGAACAUGCCUCAUAGCUUACCUCAGCGGAGUGGUGGUUUCCGGGAUUAUGAGAAAGAUGCUCCAAUCACUGUGUUUGGGUGCAUGCAGGCAAGAUUAGUAGGUGAAGCCUUAUUAGAAAGUAACACCAUUAUUGACCAUGUCUAUUGCUCCCCAUCCCUACGCUGCGUUCAGACUGCACACAAUAUCUUGAAAGGUUUACAACAAGAGAAUCACUUGAAGAUCCGCGUCGAGCCUGGCUUAUUUGAGUGGACAAAAUGGGUUCCUGGGAGCAUGUUACCUGCGUGGAUACCUCCUUCAGAGUUAGCUGCAGCCAACCUGAGUGUUGAUACAACCUACAGACCUCACAUUCCAGUCAGCAAACUAGUGGUUGCAGAAUCCUAUGACACUUAUAUCAAUAGAAGUUUCCAAGUAACAAAAGAAAUUAUAAGUGAAUGUAAAAGUAAAGGAAAUAACAUUCUGAUUGUGGCCCAUGCAUCUUCCCUUGAAGCAUGUACCUGUCAGCUGCAGGGCCUGUCACCUCAGAAUUCCAAGGACUUCGUACAAAUGGUCAGAAAGAUCCCAUACCUAGGCUUUUGCUCCUGUGAAGAACUAGGAGAAACUGGAAUAUGGCAGCUAACAGAUCCCCCCAUUCUUCCCCUUACUCAUGGACCAACAGGGGGCUUCAACUGGAGAGAGACCUUGCUGCAAGAGUAAGCCACAGCGGGAGUGAAGAAAAGGCCUUUUGGAGAAGUCUUUGGGGUGUUUAGUAACAGUGGAAAACUCCAUACCACAUUCUAAAUGGACAGCUCAGAAUAAUCUAGCAUAUUUUCUUUUGUGCUUAAAGUUCUUAUGAUGAGACUGUAAAUGAAAGAAAGACAUGAUUCAGGGAGAAAAUAAAUCCAUUCUCUCUGGACUCUUGCCCAGCUAACAAGGCUUUGGAGAACUGUCUUCCAAAAUUGGGACACCCGCUGCAGCAGAUGCUGUUGUCCCCCUUCCGCCUAUGCAUGGCUAAGGAGCCUCACUCCCCAAAGGAGCUGCCGGCCUGCUCUGUGGAAGGAUGCAAGAGGAAGGAGUAUGCCCAGAAUGCAGUUUGGGGGCGGGGGUUUCUUCUGAACUCCAUUUUUAAGAUAGGCAAAGCUGAGGAAUCCUUUUAAAGUUAUUAGAAAACAUGCCCCCAAAGGAUGGUCCUUAGGUCACACAUCAAAUUCCACCCUCAGCAGACUCCAUACACCAGUGUUGCUGGAUCAAGACACCUGCUGGAGGACUCUAACAUUUACCCUGGUACUGCCACAUUUUCUCCAGAGCAGCUGGCCCUUCUUGCUUCUAUCUGUGAAAUGGGGAAACAAAGCAUUUUUGCUCUCAAUGUGCUUUUACUUCAUGUGGAAGAUACAUGUGACAUGUUCAAUGGUAGGUGCAGAAAGCUUGCAAACUAUAAAGAGAAUUAGAAUUUCCAUAUCAUAGUCUAAUGAGCCACAGCAAUUCUAAAUCACCAAAAUUUGCUAGUCUUUGCCCCCUAGACUAUGCUACUAUGCUAACUAGUUAAGGAUGUUGACAUUUUGAAAGAAUAUGUUCAAUAAAUUAUUUGAAUAAUCAAGAAGCUCAUUCUGUGCAAUAUGAAUAUCUUUAUAAACCACACCAAGGGCCAGGUUGUUGGAUACUUAUAGUACCUUUUAACCAUAACAGAACAUCCACAAAUGCACCACUUAUACCAGGGAUGUAUAAUGAAGUCAGGGAACUAAUCUCAAUGCUGACAGUCACAAUGCACUGCUACUUGUGCUGUCCCUUUUUUGUUUGUUUUUCUAUGGUAAUUUAAAAUAUAGAGGAGGUAGGGCCACUUGAAGAAAAUUAGAGAACCACAUCCUGUGGUUUCUUUUAUACCUACUUCCCAUAUUUAAAGGGAGUUUAUUUAAAAGAAAAAAUGAAUGACAAUCAAACCAAAACAUCCAUGAUCAAUGUCUAUUUAAUUGUGUGAAUAGCUGACUAUAAGGGCCACAGACAAUGGUCUGGUAUGGAUAGUUCAUUGUGUAGAAUUUGUGUACAAAGUGAAAUCCCAGCCAUUUGAAGGGAACAAUAGUUUAAAGCAAAUCUAUCUAUGUUGUAGAAUAAGUUUUAAAACCCAGACUCAUAAAAUAUAUGGCAAAUAAAAACAGACCUAUGCUGGUAAUUAAAAUUGAAAUUUGAUGACCCCUGGAAAGAAGAGGAAGUGAAAGGUUGCUGGCAAUAUGUGUUAAUCAGGGAAAAAAAUUUUAAAAGACACUUAGAAAAAUAGGUCACUAAUUCUACAUUUGAAGAAACAGAUUGUGAUUUCUUUUAGCAUUACACAAAUACCUGUCAACUUUUGGACAUAAAAAUAACCCUUUGGUGACAUAUUAGUAUGUUUUAACCUUAAAAAUAACUGAGAGGGAAAUAUCCCAUUACAGUUCUUAAAAAAGAAAAGUCACACUAUAGCUAAUGUAGUGUCCCUGGUAUUUGUAAUGAAGUGAAUCCACCAUUUAAUCAGGU